AUGUCGUCAGAAAUGGAAAUCGAUCCUCCUGUUCUGAACAGGCAGGAUGAUGGCCAUCUCCCAUCCUCACAUGCAACCAGUGAAACGCGGACCCAAGCUGGCGCAGUCGCGGUCCGGAGUAUCGAAGGCUGGAUUGUUCUUGCGACCAACAUUCAUGAGGAGGCCUCUGAAGAGGACGUCACCGAUCUAUUUGCUGAAUAUGGGGAGAUCAAGAAUUUCAAUUUAAAUUUAGAUCGGAGGACGGGUUAUGUCAAGGCAACGAAGGCCGCUAUCGAAGCCCUCAACGGCGCCAAGCUACUCGAUCAAACCAUCCAGGUCGAUUUCGCAUUUGUCAGACCACCACCGUCAAAUAACAAAGGCAAAUCGGGAAAUGUUGGGAAUCGAGUUCGAGGUCGCGCCCGGAUCCGGAUGCGAAGGCGUCAGGGAACAGAAGUGUCGGCGCUAGAUAGCCCGGAGGAAAAGCCAUAA